UUCGCGGCUCGUUCGUUCAAGAAGAUACUUCGUAAACGGUUCAGCGUGCUUGCAAAAUACAUUCUGUGCUGUGCCGUUGUUACGAACGGACGAAAAUUCUACUCACAAGCAUUUUGUUAAUUUCCAGUGCAAAAAUACCAAAAGGCGGUAUUUUUGGUAGCCAGCGGGCCAUUUAUUAAACUUUUUCUUUGAAAUAAAGGACAAUAAAUGUUGGUAUUUUUUUAAAAAUUGUGUAUAAAUUAAAAAAUGAAAACGAUGAGAAUUUAGAGCAGAAAAAGAUAAACUAGUGAUUUUUGUGUGUUUGUUAAAUUACUCCACAUUUGUUGAUUUGAUUUGCGGAGAACGCGUUUCAACGAUAAACUCAAUUUAAUAAUAUAACAUAAAUAGUAAAGUGUUCUGCUGUUUGGUUCCACACACACACACAGCAAUGAAAGAACAAAAAAUGCUUCGUUUCACUUGGCGAAGCAAUUUUUGGACACUGGCCGCAAUUUUUGUAAUUUUCUUGAUCGGAUUACAAACCGUUCAGCCAAAGAAAAUUACACUUGAUAGUGACAUCGUUUUCGAAGAAGGCCCAUUGGAAUCAGAAGGUCUAAAUUCUCAUCAUAAACGCAGCAUUGAUGAAUUUGAUGGAGAUGAAGAUUGGCUUUGGUCUAAUGUAAAUCGAAUCAAACGAUCGAUAGGUAAAGCAUUGGGAAAUGAAGAAAAUGAAACCCCAUUAAAAAAUCGAGCGAAGCGUGGUUUUUUUGAUUGGUGGGAUUCAGGAUCGUCAAGUGAUGGAAAAGAAAGCACCACAACUACGGAAAGCACUGACCAUCAUGAACAAGGCGAUGAUAGUUCAAAUAUAGAAGAAGAUGAAGAUUCAACAACUGACGAUGAAAAUGAUACUUAUGAUGGUUCUGGCUACACUAAAAUUGAACAAACUCACACUGAAACAAUAUUAUUGGAGCAAUUUUUCCGAUUAAAAUUCAAAGUGAGUCAGAUUUGGAGUCCAGACUAUGAAGCAUCAAAUACACAAGCAUAUAAAACAAAGGCUAAGGAAAUUGAAAAAAAAUUGGAACAUCUUUAUGAAUUAAGGAAACCAGUUAAGAGUAGAAAUCAUAUUCGUACACAUGUAAUCCGUAUUCUUCGUCCAUCACGAAAGGAAAUAUUCAAAAUUGGGGUAACGGUCGAAAUCAUUUCCGACGAGCCAAUAGCAUUAAAUGAGCUCGAACAAAUUAUUGGACCUGCUUUGGAUUCACGAAAAAUUGAAGAUUUAUCUGUUGAGCGUGAUAGUUAUUAUGAGUUAACCGCUAUUGGAGAAUCGGAUUUAAAGCGUGACAAUGAGAUCGAAUUGGUUACUGGUACCGCCGAAUCUGAUGGAAAUGUUAGUUAUGAAGAUGAUGGUGAAAGAGGUGAAAAAGACAGCAGAAAUAGAAAUAAAGAUGAAGCUGAAAAUGAAGCAUUAGAUUAUAAUGAGAGUACUGAUAAUAACAAUGAUAUUGAUACCGAUAUCCCUUCGUCAUCAUCAAGUCCCUAUCCACUAAAUCAAUGUCGUGCCGACGAUGUGGUCGAAUGCCCAAAUAAUCCACAUUUCAAAAUCUGCGAAGUACAUUUUUGUGAUGGCGUACCCCAAUGCCCAGAAGGUGAAGACGAAGAUCCAGAACGGUGUAGGUCGGAAUGCAAUGAUGAUGAGUUUGCAUGCGAUAGUUCAAGAUGUAUCCUGAAAUCCCAAUUGUGCAACGGUGUGCAUGAUUGUAGUGAUUUAACCGAUGAGCAGAAUUGUCCUUCAAAAACGCAAAAUCAACACAGAGAGGAAUGCAGUGAUGAUCAAUUUGCAUGUGGAGAUGGCAAAUGCAUAGAAUUGGUAUUUCGUUGCGAUGGUAACAGUGAUUGUACGGGCGGUGAAGAUGAAAUAUGUCAAUGUGAUGAAAAUAAGGAUCAAUUUCAAUGUGGUGAUGGCACGUGUGUUCCAAAAGAAGUAAAAUGCGAUGGCAUACCAAAUUGUUCGAACGGCGAAGAUGAAGACUAUUGUGAAAAAACAUUUGCAUGUGAAAACAAUGUAACGAUUCCUUAUAAAAAGAAAUGUAACGGUUUCUACGAUUGUCGUUUGAUCAAACCAAAAGAUCCAACCGAUUUGAGUGAUGAGAAAAAUUGUCCUAAUGCAUGCACUAAGGAUAAAUUUAAGUGCAAUAAUGGGAUCUGCAUAGAGGCAAAACGUCGAUGUAAUGGCAUAGUCGACUGUAACGAUAAUUCGGACGAGCUAAACUGUGCACCGGGAAAUAUCGAAGAUCCAUCGUGUGAUCAAAGUGAAUUUGCAUGUUUAGAUGAAAGUAAUCAAUGUAUAGACCGUUCAGCUGUCUGCGAUGGGCAUCGCGAUUGCCAAAAUUUUAAAGAUGAAGAUGCGUCAAUUUGUGAUUGUGCUCCUUAUCAGUUCAAAUGCCUAACAGGUGGCGGAUGUGUGGAUAUUUUGAAAAAAUGUGACGGUUUCUUCGAUUGUAUUGAUAAUAGCGAUGAGAGUCAAAUCGUUUGUGUUCAACACAAUUCGAGUAAUAAUGAUAAGACGUGUAAAACGGGUGAGAUAAAAUGCAUUUCGGACAACACAUGCAUUGAAUCGUACAAAUUUUGCAACGGCGUCCCUGACUGUAUUGACUCAAGUGAUGAAUACCUCUGUCAAGGCACAGACGACAAUGAGCUUUGCUUGGGUUCCGAAUUCCAAUGCGAUCAAACCAAAUGUAUCCUAUCAUCACAAGUCUGCGACUCGGUGAUCGAUUGCUUGGACGCUAGCGAUGAAAAAGAUUGUGAUAAUAUUCACGAAGUUCCCUGUGCUGAAUACGAAUUUACAUGCAGCUCCGGUUUGUGUAUUGCCAACGAAGGUCGGUGUGAUGGUGUAAAAGACUGUCUAGAUGGUAGUGACGAAUUAGCAUGUCCAUCUUGCCAACCGGGCGCCUUCCAAUGUCACAAUUCAGACUGUAUUUUGGAAUCAUCGCGCUGUGACCGAAUUCAUGAUUGUAUGGAUCUUAGUGAUGAGAUUCAUUGUGAAUAUUCAUGUAAUGCACAAGAAUUUCGUUGUGGCGAUGGACUUUGUGUGGAGAGGCAACAUUUGUGUGACGGUGUUUAUCAAUGCAACGACCGAUCCGAUGAAUUACACUGUAACGAUAGCGAUGUUGACUCUGACAAUAAAAUCAUUGCCACAACAUCAUCAAAUAAUAUUCCAUGUGGCGAUGGUGAAUGGCAAUGUGAUAACGGAAAUUGUAUAAAUGAAGAAUUCCGUUGCGAUGGUACCAUGGAUUGUAUAGACAAUUCAGACGAAGCCCCAAGCAAUUGCCCUGAUGUGACACCAGUUCCGGAAUGUCGCCCAGAUGAAAUAUCAUGCGAUAAUAAAUGCCAUCCCCGAUCGAUUCUCUGUAACGGAAACAAUGAAUGCGCCGAUGGUAGAGAUGAAGAUGCAGCUAAUUGUCCAAUUGAAAGAACUACCACCACGACUUCACAACCCCCACAUCCAACACGUUGUCCAGAAUAUACUUGUCCAAAUGGUGGCUGCUUUGGUGUAGCCGAUAGAUGUAAUCGUCGCUGUGAAUGUAGUGAUUGCUAUGACGAAAGUGGCUGUCAAGUACUACCAGAAGAAUGUAGAGAUGAUGAAUUUAAAUGUGGCGAUGAGGAUGUUUGCUUGCCGAACACAAAAAAAUGUGACCGAGUCAGGGACUGUAGAGAUGGCAGUGACGAAAUUGAUUGCAGCUGUCGUCCUGGGCAAUGGCAGUGUCACACGUCCGGUGAAUGCAUUGAUGCUAGAGAAUACUGUGAUGGACAAUACAAUUGCAAAGAUUAUUCCGAUGAAGGUUUUUGCCACAUCUGUGGAGAAGACGAAUUUACAUGUGCAAAUGGAGAAUGCAUUCGUCAACAAUUGACUUGCAAUGGGAGAUUCGACUGUCAGGACGGUAGCGACGAAUCCGCGGACUUGUGCAAAAGCUGUCGUCCUGGGCAAUGGCAAUGUCACGAUGGAACUUGUAUUGAUGCUAGAGAAUACUGUGAUGGACGGUACAAUUGUAAAGACUACUCCGAUGAACGUUUUUGCAGUGAAGAUGUAAUUGGAACAGGGUGUCUUUUGAAUAUGUUCCGAUGCGAAAAUGGCCCAUGCAUUGAUGAACAAAAACGCGAUGAACUUGAUUGUCAUACAAAUACAUCAAAACCACAACAACUCCCACAACCAUCAUCUGGAAUCAACCAUCGCUUGGAAUUGAAAACAUAUCCAAACAAUCAAACGAUCAAAGAAAGAUACAUUCGUGAGGGUUUGGAAGUUGUAUUCCAGUGCCGUGAUGAAGGUGUAUUACGUGUACCAGUUCGAUGGACUCGACCAGGUGGUCGCCCAUUGCCACUUGGUUCAAAGGAUCAACAAGGUCGCUUAGAAAUUCCGAAUAUUCGAUUGGAACAUAGUGGAGAAUAUAUUUGUGAAGCAGUUGGAGUCCCAUCAUCAACUCCCGGAGCUCAAGUUGGUGUUCAUCUUCAAGUUGAGCGUCGUAAUGUUGAUUGGGAACGUCCACGAACAGCUUGCUCACCGAAUGAAGCCACAUGCAUGAAUGGUCAAUGCAUUCCAAAGCACGUAUUGUGUAAUGGUUACAAAGACUGCGCCGAUGGUUCUGAUGAAUCUAGUUGCACAGCUAAUGGUCGGUGUCAACCAAAUGAAUUCAAAUGUAAUAAUAAUAAGUGCGUUUUGAAAACAUGGCGAUGCGAUGGCGAGAAUGAUUGUGAAGACGGUUCUGAUGAACAAGAUUGUAAUGGAACAGUUGCACCUGGAUCACGAUGUUCGGGAAGCGAAUAUGAAUGCCACAGCGGUCAAUGUAUUCCAAAAUCAUUUGAAUGUGACAGCCAUAGAGACUGCAUCGAUGGAUCCGAUGAAAUUGGUUGCACUAAACCAACUGUUGCACAACCACCGCCACCAAGUGUUUACUUACAACCAGGCGAUACAUUCAAUAUUACUUGCAGAGCAGUUGGUGUUCCAACGCCACUGGUUUUAUGGCGUUUGAACUGGGGUCAUAUUCCAGAAAAAUGUACUACCACAAGUCAUAAUGGAUAUGGUGUUUUGACUUGUUCAAAUAUCGGCGUAGAAGAUUCGGGCGCCUACUCAUGCGAAUUGCUCAACAAUCAAGGCACAGAAUUUGUUGUUCCCGAUACAAUUUUAAGUGUAUCUGGCGAAGAAUCGGUAUGCCAAAAUGGAUUUUUCAAUGACAAAGCAACACGUCCAGAUGAAUGCAUUAAUUGUUUCUGCUUUGGUGUAUCAACACAAUGUAAAAGUGCCGAUCUAUUUACAUACGCACUUCCACCACCGGUUACUUCACUCACUGUAGUAGGUGUACAUGGCCCAUGGACUGGACAACGUUCAAUUACCAUCGGUGAAUUUGACAAGCACGAUUUACUCGCAACACGUCAUGGCGUUCAAUUGCGAUUGGCCAAUUUACCAGUGUCUGGUGAAUUACCAUAUUAUUCACUUCCUCGUGACUAUCUCGGAAACGACUUGAAAUCAUAUGGAGGCUCAUUCCGAUAUGAAGUUGAAUAUAGUGGACAAGGUAGACCAAAUGAUGCACCCGACGUCAUCGUUAUGGGGAAUGGAAACAAUCUGAUUUACCGAAAUCCAAAUCGUAUUGAAGAAGGAAUUCGUAAUUCAGUUUCUGUUUCGUUUUUACCCGGUCAAUGGUAUAAUAUGGAUGGACGUUUAGUUUCACGUGAAGACAUCAUGGUCACAUUGGCCAAUGUGGAAAAUAUUUUGAUACGAUUGCAAUACAUUGAUACGGUUCAACGUGAAGUUGAAUUGCUUCAUAUUGUUAUGGAUUCAUCAGGUGUUAUCGAUCGUGGACUUGGUUCAGCCUCACUUGUCGAAGAAUGUAAAUGCCCAGCUGGAUAUUCAGGUUUGAGCUGUGAAACUUGUGCUCCUGGAUACACUAGACAGGAGAGUGGUGCUUGGUUGGGCCGUUGCAUACGCGAUGAAGAACCAUGUAGACCAGGAACUUAUGGCGAUCCAUACCGGAAAAUUCCAUGCAAACCAUGUCCAUGCCCAUCAACAAAUGGCGCAAAUAACUUUGCUCAAACUUGCUAUUUAGGCACAGACAAUGAACCAGUUUGUGAUUGCAACCGUGGAUACACUGGCCGUCGAUGUGAACAAUGCGCUCAAGGAUUCGUUGGAAAUCCAUUAUUACCAGGUGGUUCAUGCUCUGUUGAACAACCAGUUUCACAUUGUGAUCCUCGUGGAACACUUCGUCAGCAUCCAGAUGGUCGUUGCGAAUGUAAAGAACACGUAACCGGCUCACGCUGUGAUCAAUGCUCAAGUCAUUCAUUUUUUUUGAAUCCAAAAUGGAGCACUGGUUGCAUUCAGUGCUUCUGUAAUGGUGUCAGUCAAACAUGUACAAGUAGUUCAUUGUACAGAGAUUCGGUGCGUGCAACAUUUGCACAGAAUCGUCAUGAAUUCACACUGAUUACCGAUUAUGAAAAUCCACAAGAAAGUGAUCUCGAUAUUACCACUUACAAUAAUGAAGUUUCAGUCCAUGAUUUGGCUGGCGAUACUGAUAUUUAUUUCUGGCGUUUACCAUCACAUUUUGCCGGCAAUAAAAUCACUUCAUACGGUGGAAAUCUUAACUAUAGCAUUCGAUAUAAACCAACACCAGGCGGAAGUAUGUCACGCAAUAAUGCACCAGAUGUUGUAAUUCGCAGUGCCAACGAUAUUACUAUUUUGCAUCAUCGUCGCGAUGAAGUAGCACCAAGCAGUUUACAAUCGUAUGCCGUACCAAUUUUAGAAGACAGUUGGCAACGUGUCGAUGGAAUUACAAUCAAUCGUGAGCAAUUGCUAAUGACAUUGGCUGACGUUUCAGAUAUUUUCAUCAAAGCUACAUAUACAACGACAACAGACGAAGCAGCUUUAUCUCAAGUUAUUUUGGAUACAGCCAGUCAACACUAUACUGGCAAUAAUGUACGUGCAUCUGAAGUAGAACAAUGCUCAUGCCCACUUGGUCAUCAAGGAUCGAGUUGCGAAGAUUGUGCACCAGGCUACAAACGUAGUCAAGGUGGUUUAUAUUUGGGAUUAUGCGAACCAUGUGAUUGCAAUGGUCAUUCAGAUGAAUGUGAUGUUGAAACUGGUGUAUGUCAUAAUUGCCGCGACAAUACCGAAGGUGAUCGUUGUGAACGCUGCGCCAAUGGUUAUAAUGGCGACGCAACUCGUGGAACACAAUACGAUUGCUCAACUGACGAAUCUCAUGGAAGUCAAGCCGCUUGUCCGCCCAAUGUUGUUGGUCACCGUUGUGAUCAAUGUCGCCAAGGCACCUAUAAUUACGACCAAGCUAAUCCCCUUGGAUGCACUGAGUGUUUCUGUUCAGGUGUAACACGGACCUGUUCCGCUUCGCGAUUCUACCGUCAACAAAUUCCAGCUAUUAUUUUUGAAGACAAAUUCCCAUUAACAAAUCGUAUCGGAGAAGUUCAAACAAAUGAAGAUCCAGCCAUUGAUUUUGCAACAAACAAACUUUCAAAUCGUAUUUACGAUGGAAACACAUAUUAUUGGAGUCUACCACAACGUUUCUUAGGCAAUCAACUCAAGUCAUAUGGUGGUUAUUUAUCAUUCGGCAUUGAAAAUGAAGCAUAUGGUACAUACAUUCCCGAUCAAGACAUUAUUAUUCGUGGUAAUGGAAUCACGUUAGUGUGGACUCGUUUCAAUCCAAAUGAAAACCGAACUGAAGCUCUAUUCAAAGAAUCAGACUGGCAGAGUAUUGAUGAAGGUGGUCCAAAGGUUGCCUCACGCGCUGAUUUGCUAACCGUUUUGAGUAAUUUGGAAGCAAUUUUAGUACGUGCUACACUCAAAGAAGGAAUAUCACUAGUUUCUUUGAGCGAUGUUGCCUUGGACACAGCCGUUCAACAAAAUACCGGUCAAGAUUUGGUUAAAGAUAUUGAAAUUUGCCGUUGUCCAGAAGGUUAUACUGGCUCAAGUUGUGAGUCUUGCGACCACUUCUACUAUCGUGAUUCAAACGACCGUUCGGCCGGUCUUUUGGGCACAUGUAAUCGUUGUCCAUGUGAAAAUGCCGAUUCCUGCACACUGGAAAGUAACGGAAAUGUUUUGUGUCAUUGCCAUCCUGGUUAUGUUGGCGAUAGAUGCACCGAAUAUGAAGUUGCAGUUUCAACUGAAAGUCCAGCACCACCAACAAUUUCUGUUGUGAUUUCCUCGCCUGUGAUUCAAAUCAUUGAUGUUGGAGAAACUGUCAGACUACCAUGUACCGCAUACCACAAUAUUAGACGCAUUCCAAUCACAGUUGUCUGGCAUAAAGAAGACGGAUCUCUUCCGGGUCGCUCUUACCAAGAAAAUGGUGUUCUCACAAUCACAAAUGUUCAACAUACUGAUAGCGGUGUUUAUGUUUGUCAAGCUCAAUCUGAAGAACAUUACGAACAACGUGUUACAAUUACUGUAGGAGGGGGUCGUGCAGGAAAGCCACGAGUUGAAUUACGACCGACACAUCUAGAUGUUGAUGAAUAUUCACCGGCUGAUGUUGAGUGUCUAGCUACAUCGCCUUCGCCAGUUACAUACCAUUGGAGUCGAUUGGAUGGUGAACUUUCACCUGAUGCUUACAUUAAUGGUCAAUGGCUUCGAUUCAAUCAAGUUCGUCGUUCAGAUAGCGGCGAUUAUCAAUGUAUUGCUAGCAAUCAAUACGGUGAUGAUACAAGUGUGUUGCAUGUUUAUGUUCGUGAAUCAAACCAAACACCGCUUCCACAACCACAGCCUAGCCAUGAAGUUGAAAUACGGCCGCCAAACUUCAAUGGUCGUCCAGGCGAUAAUCUUGUUUUGAAUUGUCGCAAUGUUAUAAAUGUGUAUGCUACAUUAGUUUGGAACAAAUCUGGUCUCACACAAUUGCCAUCACAUGUUAUUGUUAGAAACGGUAUUCUCACCAUUCCUAGUGUUAGUGUUGAGGAUAGCGGUCGUUAUAUUUGUACAUCAUCCCCAUCAACAUCUGGUCAACCGAUUGAAUCAAUUACAGAGGUUGCCGAUGUUUUUAUUAUUGACGAUGACAACAGUGAUACACAAGUUUCACCUCAACCAGUUUAUGUAAAACCGCUCGAAGAAUUGUACACAGUUCUUCAAAGUUCUGAUUUCAAUUUGGCUUGUGAAGCUUCUGGUAAUCCAUAUCCCACAAUUACAUGGAAGAAGAUUCACGAAGACUCUCUCGGUUCAAAUGUGCAACAAAUUGGUAACACGUUAAAGAUUUUCAAUGCUCAACCGGAAAAUCGUGGUAUCUAUCAAUGUAUAGCGUCAAAUGGACAAACAGCUGACAGCAGUACUGUUAUUGACAUUGAACCACGUGAAGCACCAGUUGUUGAAAUCUAUCCACGUGAGCCACAAACAGUUCGUAUUGGUGAAUCUGCAAUGCUCAGCUGUCGUGCUAUUGCGGGUAUCCCAACACCAAAUGUAAUUUGGUCACGUAGUGAUCGCGCACCACUUUCACAGCGUGUUGAAGAAAAGUAUGCCGGUACAAUUUUAAUUUCGAACAUUACAUUCGAGGAUGCUGGUCAAUAUGAAUGUCGUGCAUCAAAUUUAGUUGGAACAGCUAGUCAAACGUCCGCAAUUAAUGUCCAACAAGCACCUAUCAUUCGAAUUAUUCCCGAAAUACAGGAAUGGACGAUAACUGAAGGAGAUGAAUUAAAGUUGGAAUGCUCGGCAGAAGGUUCACCACCAGCCACUGUGCAAUGGAAACGACCAGACCGAAAUGGUGUAGAACAAUUUAUACCUAGAGUAUUGAGUGCAUUUUCAGUAACACCUCAAAGCUUAAUUCAAAAAUAUAAUGCCGAUCGUAACGAUGAAGGAACGUAUAUUUGCCAUGCGGUCAACGAAGCUGGCGAAGAUCAAAAAUACAUUACCGUUUUUGUUCAACCGAAACGGGGUGAUGUUGGUCCACACGACAAAGACGAAGUUAUCGAUUCACGACCAAUACAACCGGACAGACCAACGCAUUCGCCAUAUUAUCCAAAUUCGCCCAAUUAUCCACAGCCAAAUUAUCCACCAAGUGGUCAUCGUCCUGAUUUUUCAAUACCUGAUAGACGGCCAGAUAAUCAACCACAACAAUAUAAAGUAGCUGUAGGUGAUCAAACUAAAAUCUCAUGUGAAAUCGAAAACAUCAAUAAACGCACAUCAUGGCGACGUCAAGGUGGCUUACCACUACCAAGCAGUUCCCAUUCGUCUGGCGGUGAUUUGAUCAUUGAAUACACCCAACAGGAUGCAGCCGGUAUUUACGAAUGUGUUGUUCACGAGCCCCAUGCUACUUAUCCUAUUGUCACCACUGAACUCAUUGUCGUUGAAUUGCCAAAAAUAGUAUUGCAACCGGAAAUGCCAUUGACUGUACGUAGCGGUGAACAAGUUUACAUUCUUUGUAAUGCAACCGGUGAUGGACCAAUUCAUGUUGAAUGGCACAGUGAAGACCAUCGACCACUUCCAUCAAAUGUUCGAAUUGUUGGGAACUACCUGGAGUUCUUCCAAAUAACACCAAAAAAUGCUGGUCGAUAUUACUGCUCAGCAACAAAUCCAAACGGAAAUGUUACCAAAGCUGCCGAAGUGAUUGUUAGCCACAAUGAAAUUCCGAGAGAGCGUGAGGUACAAGGACGUGUGCAAGAGGUUUUGGAAGGUGAAUCAGUUUCUCUUGAAUGUACAGCACCAUCUUCUCCAGCUGCUAGAUUUGAAUGGAGACGUGAAAACGGAGAACUGCCACAAAAUGCUCAAUUGGAUCGUAGUCGUUUGAUUUUGGUAAACAUUCAUAACGAAGAUACUGGACGUUAUAUUUGCGAGAAAACCGAACCAAAUGGCUACGUGACACAAAACUACUUGGAUGUCGUACUAAAGCCCCGCUAUACGGAUAUUGUUGUACCAGGGGCCGAAUACUGUGGGCCAAGACAAUUCAGUUGUAAAUCAGAUCCAAGCGUCUGUAUCGACAUAGUUUCGGUGUGUGAUGGCACAGUAGAUUGCUCUGAUUCAUCAGAUGAACUGGAUUGCUCGCCAUAUUUACGGAAUCGAUCUAAGAAGGAUGACAUGGCUGCAAACAGACCGGCUAAGUUCAUUGCGUCGCAACCAUCUUACAAUUCUGUGGCUCCAUAUGUGAAAUUAGAACCAGCUCGAUCAUUCUUGCAUCCAGGCGAUUCAAUCGUUGUUGAUUGUAAAUCAUCAUCACCAGACAGUACAGUCACAUGGAAGAGAGAAGGAUAUCAAAGACUCCCAAGCAAUUUCCGUCAACACGGAAUUCAAUUGAUUAUCAGUAAUGCUCAAAGUGCCGAUGCUGGUCGAUACAUUUGUGUAUGCAAAACAAGUAAUGGUCAAUUGUUUGAAUCAGAGUAUGAAUUGAAUGUAGAAAUUCCACCAGCUCGUAAUGAAAUAAAACCAGCACAAAUUGAACAUGCUGAAGCUGGCUCAAAUAUCGUGCUGAAUUGUAAUCCGGGCCGAUUUGCAAAUAAAUACCAUUGGAGUCGUCAACAAGGCCAUUUUGCUGCUGGUACAGAUAUUACAAGCAGUGAUCUGCGUCUGGAUAAUGUCCAAGCUAAAGAUGCUGGCACAUAUAUUUGUACUGCAUCAAGUGGACCACAAAGCAGUGAAAUUCCAAUAACAUUAGUGGUUACUGGUGCCAUUCCGUAUUUCCCACAAGCGCCAAAAAGUUACUUAGUUUUUCCAAAACUCGAAAAUUCGUACAUGAGAUUCAACUUUGAAGUCACAUUUAAUCCAGAAAAAGAAAAUGGUUUGAUUCUGUAUAAUGCACAAAGACACGGUGAAGGACAUUAUAUUUCAUUGUCAUUGAAUCAUGGAUACCCUGAAUUCCGGUUCGAUUUCGGUUCUGGACCAGUUAUUGUUCGUGCCGAUAAACCGAUUGUAUUGAAACAAUGGCAUACAGUUAAAGUGAACAAAGUGCGUAAAGAAGGUUACUUAUUGGUUGACGAUCAACAUCCAGUUGCAUUCCCACAAACAUCACGUUCUGGCGUCGAAUUAUUGGAGAAUCUUUACUUGGGCGGUGUACCAAACUUUAAUGAUAUUGCAUCGUCUGCUGUUGCCAGUCAUGAAGGUUACGUUGGUUGCAUUAGCCGUUUGAUUCUCAAAGAUCAUGAAAUUGAAUUAAACAAAGAAGCGAUUUUAUCCGAAGGAACAACAUCAUGUGAAACAUGUGCUAAUGAUGUUUGCAAAAAUGAUGGAGUUUGCUUGGAAACUCAAACAGAUGAGGGAUUCACUUGUGUUUGUAAGUCUGGAUAUACAGGUAAAACCUGUGCAGUUGAAGGAUUAUCUUGUUCACCGGGCAUUUGUGGAACUGGACGUUGUGAAAAUACUGAUAUCGGAAUUGAAUGCUUUUGCCCAUUAAAUAAAACGGGUGAUCGAUGCCAAUAUACUGAACAUUUGGACGAAAACAAUUUGUCAUUCAAAGAUGGCAGUUUCGUUUCAUUUAAAACGCCAAAAUCCACCAAAUUAAACAUUCGAUUCAAUGUGAGACCAGAAACCAAUCAAGACAGUGUACUUUUGUAUGUGGCCGAAUCAGAACAUGCUAACGGAGACUUUGCGGCUCUUGUUAUUAAAGAUAAACACUAUGAAUUCCGAUUUAAUACCGGUGGACGCGUUCUCCCAGUUAUCAUUCGUUCGGAAGAAGAAGUCGAUGUGGACAAGUGGACAUCUAUUUCACUUGGACGCCGACAUGGUGAAGGCUUCCUUAAGGUUGGUGAUUCACCACAAGUUACCGGAAAAGCAAUUGGUCCAGCACAUACUAUGUAUUUGAAGACGAAUUUGUACAUUGGCGGCUAUGACAAACGCAUUUUAUUAAACAAAGGAGUUGAAGUUAACAGAGGUUUUGAUGGUUGCAUUUCAGGCUUGGAAGUUUCAUCUCAAAAGAUUGAUAUGAUCAAGAGUCUAUUAGAUGGUGCUAAUAUCCAUAAUUGUGGAGAUACCAAUGAAAUAGCUCCCGAAGAACCGUUGGUUCCAGCAGUUUGCAAACCUGGAUAUUCUGGCUACAAUUGUGAAAUAGUUGUUGAUGCGUGUUUAGCACAUGAUCCAUGUGAAAACAAUGGAAUUUGCGAAAGCAAGGACAACACAUAUGUCUGCAAUUGUCCAAUUCAUUUUACUGGAGAAGUAUGCCAACACAGCGCACCUAUCGAAUUUUCUAGUCAAUAUAAAGGAAACGGUUAUAUCGAAUUGAAUAGUUCAGCUUUAGUGAAGGGAUCCACCGAAAAAGAUAUUUUAUUGGCUGUAUUAUUCUCGACCACUGAAUCAAACGGCUUAUUGGUUUGGUAUGGACAAAACAAGGGCGUUGCAUACGAUGGACAAGAUUUCAUCGCAUUGGCUGUCGUUGAUGGUUUCUUAGAAUUCGCACUGCGCUUGGAUGGUGAAGAAACCAGUGUCAAGAAUGAUAAUACCCGUGUAGAUGAUGGAUCACGUCACAUUGCAGUUUUACAACGUAAUGGAAAUCGCGCUACUCUUGAACUUGAUAACUUCUCAGUUCAUGGUGAAACGGUUAAAACAAGCCGAAACUACACGUAUUUACCUGGGAAUAUCUUCAUUGGCGGUGCACCCGAGAUAAAUAAAUUCACCGGCGAACGUUACAGACAAGGAUUUAACGGUUGCAUAAAUAUCGUCGAAGGUACCGAUACGCAAGCCGUUAACAUUUAUCAAAACGCUGUCAGUGGUUACAAUGUUACUCCUUGCGCUGAUCAAGAAGAUGAACACCAUGAAUCGCAGCUAUUACAUCGUUAAGUCUCUCAGAACAUGCGCAUUAUUCAAUUAACAAAAAUUAAUGUAAUGAAAUGCAUGCAUUUUUUUGUUCCUUUUUAUUUGUAAGUUCACAAACAUGAAAAUAGAACUGUAACAAUGGGAUAUUUGUUUCUUUUUUCGUUGAAGAAUUGUUAUCGCGAAUAAUUUGAUAAAAACAUUCAAACUAAACAUUUUCACAAUCUUCAACUCAUAGUCGAAUAAAGUUUAGAAGUUAAAUUGUCAAAGUGCCAAAAAUAUCUCAAUUGUUAAUCAAAUGGAACAUUCAUGCAAUAAAUCAAAAGAAUAAAAUUUCAAACCAAUUUAUGAAUCGUAAAAUGUUAGAACUAUCUAUUCAAUUUCAAAAAAUAAUUGUUAAUGAAAAUGUA